AUGGAUUUCCAGGAGACACAGCGUCUCCUGUCCGAGUACCUACACGAACUCGCGAACUUGUUUCAUCGUGUCCCCGGAUCCGCCAUUUUUCUUCGCUACGUUAAAUCGAGUUAUCAGGAUGAUCCAAUUCGGUCAGCUGUGGAGCUUUUUUUAUUCUUGUUCGCCGUGCGCUACCUACUCGCCCCGAAAUAUUCGACGAAGCCCGGCGUCGUGCCCUUGUCCGAGGAUGAGAUCGAUGACCUCGUGGAUGAAUGGACCCCUGAGCCUCUUGUUGCCAAGCCCAGUACUUUGGAAGAAAUGGAAGUUGAUAAAAGGACUGUGAUCGUGGGCCCUGUUGGUCCCAAAUCCAAGCUCGCGAAUGGCCGUACUGUCACAAACCUCGGCUCCUACAACUUCUAUAACUUCAACACGAACGAAGCUCUCAAAGAAAAAGCCAUUCAGACACUCCGGAACUAUGGCGUUGGACCUUGUGGGCCUCGUGGUUUCUACGGCACCCAGGAUGUCCAUCUGAAGACUGAGGCCGAUGUUGCUUCUUUCUUGGGAACGGCGGCUUGCAUCAUAUACUCCCAGGCAUUCUCGACUAUCUCCAGUGUCAUCCCGGCGUUCUCGAAGCGCGGAGACAUUAUUGUGGCCGAUAAAGGCGUGAGCUUUGCUAUCCGGAGGGGUAUCCAAAUUUCACGAAGUACUGUUCGGUGGUAUGAGCACAAUGAUAUGGAAGACCUGGAGCGGGUUCUCGCGAAGGUGACCAAGGAACAGGCGCGCAAGCCGUUGACUCGGAGAUUUAUCAUCACCGAGGGUCUCUUUGAGUCCUAUGGUGAUAUGGUGGACUUGCCCAAGAUUAUCGAGCUGCGCCUAAGAUACAAAUUUCGCCUGAUUCUGGACGAGACAUGGUCAUUCGGUGUCCUUGGUCGCACUGGCCGCGGUAUUACCGAGCACCAGAACGUUGACGCGGCUGAAGUUGACAUGAUUGUCGGGUCACUGGCUGGCCCACUUGUAGCAGGUGGUGGUUUCUGUGCUGGGUCUGAGGAGAUCGUGCACCACCAACGUAUCUCGGCUUCUGCAUACACCUUCUCUGCUGCGCUUCCUGCUCUCCUUUCUACUACCGCUAGUGCUACGAUAAACAUCCUCCAGAACAGCCCUGAGACUGUGUCGCAGCUCCGAGAGUCUAUUAAGGUUAUGCGUGCUCAGCUGGAUCCUCGCAGCGACUGGGUGUACUGCACCAGUGCUGUAGAGAACCCAGUACUCCUGCUGGUCAUCAAGCCUGAAGUUGUGGCUUCGAAGAAACUCACCUACGUUGAUCAACAAUUCCUACUCCAGGAUAUUGUCGAUGAGUGCCUUGCCAACGGAGUCUUGAUCACCCGUCUUAAGACUUUGGAGGAUAACUUCCAGCCUAGUCAAGUUGUCCCUGCCGCACUCAAGGUUUGCGUUACGACCGGCUUGACCAAGAAAGAGCUCGAGAAAGCCGGCACCAUCAUCCGGCACGCCAUCACAAAGGUGAUGAGCAAGAAGAAAUGA